AUGAACCGGGGGAGCGCCGCCCAAGGGCACUGGUUUGCUGAGAGAACCCUUUCCGAUCUGGACAUAGAGCCCGCUGGAGGGGAGAAGGUUGCCACUGAAGCUGUAAAACUAGUGUUAGCGCACCACACAGCCUACUGGGAAGCUUUAAAAGCCUGGCAAUGCAGGAACAGGCAUGGCCAGGUGUUAACUGGACUGUUUGUCAUCAAAGGAAGCCUGGCUGGAGCUGCUGUCUAUGUGGCUUAUGAUCAGGGGCUGCUGGGCAGUGGCACACAAGGUGCUGAAGCCCUCAAAAAAGCUCAAGCAGCACUGCCUCCAGCUAUCCAAGAGUGGACAAGUUACAUAGGCUGGGAGCUCCCACCCACUCCAAAAUUUGACUUUUCCCCUUCUGAUUCCUGGAAUAAAGGAGUGCAGACGGUAAUGUCUGCCUUGUCUGUAGCUCCUACCAGGGCCUGUGAAUACACUGUGGAAGGCUGGAAGUAUGUGAAGGAUCUUGUCAAAUGA